AUGCAGCGUGCAGAGCUCGAAGAAAGCGGGGAGCUGGUGCUGACGGACUCCGCUGGCAACAGCUGCGAGCUGCCCUUGUCUCUGGACCCUGACGUCAAGGAAGCCCUCGCUGCGGGCCUGCAAGCUGCGUGUGGAGGCCGUGCCGAUUGGUCGACCUUGGCGGCCUCUUGGAGGCCAGACGAGCAGGUUCACGAAGCAUCGAUCCGGCCGAAGCAGACGGGCGAUGAGCUCGUCUACGCCACCCGUGAUCGCCAGCUGCAGCGCUGCCUCCGCCUCUGGCAGGCUGCAACUGCAGAGCGCCAGGUCCUGGACAUGGCGUGGGUCGCAUGGCAACUCUUCCACUCCUCGCUGUGCCUCCUGCGGCUCCGCCGUUGUUUCUGGCUGUGGCGCCGGCAAAAGGCGUGGCGGAGUGAAGGAGGUGUGGUGAAGCAGGUCAUAGCCAGCUGGAGGCAGCGGGCGUCACUGGCCACAGCCGCGCUCCCGCUGCGCGCCUGGCACGGUCUCCUCUGCCGUCGGCGGCGCUGGCGCCCGUUCGGUGCUUGUUUGCUGGACAGAUGGCGUUCGGCCACGUUCGAGGCUCGUGGUAUGAAGAGGAAAGGGCUCGCUGCCUGGAAACGAAGCCUCCAGCUCGCGAGGCGCUGCAGACUGAGAAAGGCCCUCACCGCCUGGCACUUCGUGCAGAUGCUGCGCAGGCAGCGGCUUCAGCUCGCGGAGGCGGUGCACCGCAGCUGGGCCUCCGCCGUGGAUGCGAGGAAGAGCUUUGCAAUCCGCAUGCGCCACUUCUGGCGCUGCUGCGAGCGAAGCUUGGUGUUGGCUGCAGAAGCCAAUGCCCGAGUGGCCGCUCGCUGCCUGUCUGCCUGGAGGCGGGAGCUCGAGCGCCGGGCCCGGCGACGCCGGCGCCACGCCGCGGGGCUCCAGGCCAUCAGGUUGCAGCCCCUCCGCCGUGCUUUCCGCGGCUUGCAUGCUGCCUGCAGAUUCCAAGGUCGGCAGCGGCAGUUGGUUCAAGUCCUCAACAACUUGACUCACCUUGCUGCAGGGCAGCUGCUGGGUCCUCAGCGUCAGGCAGUGUUAGGCCGUUGGGCUUUUGUGAGGACGCGUUGCGCCUUUGCCAGGCUCUGCGUGCCCGGGCGGGUCGCCGCGCGAGCGCGCGACGUGGCCCUGGCGAGGCAAAGCCUGGCUUGGGAGGUCCUGGUCGAAAACAUCAGCACGAGCCAGCGCCACAAGGCAGGGCUUUUCCGCCUCCAGCAGCUGAUGCUUCUUCGCGGCUUUCUGGCCCUCCUGGCUGGGCCGCGCCGUGCCAGAGACCAAGCAGCAGAACGGGAAUCUCGUGUGGAAGGUCUCCGACACCGCUCUUUGGAAAGGUUGGCUUUGGUCUUCCUGCUCGCCUGGAACCGGGCCGCAAAACGCAGCUGCUUGUCGGACUACCUCUUGAGGUGGCGCCGCAGUGCUGCAAUCAGCCGCACUUGCCGGUCCGAUGCAGGGGCGGCAGAAGUAUGGCGGAGGUGGGCCUGCAGAGCCGUGCAGGGGCGCCGGCGUUUUUUGUCAGCCGCCAGCUUCGCUCAUCGGAGGGCCUUGCAGCGAGCCUUCGGCCACUGGGCCGUGGCCAAGCACUGCGGCUGUCUCCGCCGCUGGGCACUACAGGUGCCUCGGUACUGCGCGGCCAC